AUGCUUCGGAAUGGGUUAACGACGGUAUCACAUCUUCGGCCCCUCUACAGUCAAUCGUCCCACCUGCGAAUAGCGGAUCGGCUCAGGGCAUACAGCACUGAGCCAGCCACGAGCAAUGAUGUAGCCAUCUUGGGUGGAGGCAUCACAGGCCUCGCUUGCGCCUACUACAUCACCAAAGAGCUUCCACAAGCCAAUGUUACAAUAUACGAGGCCUCAGACCGGCUGGGCGGCUGGCUCUCAUCCAAGCGUGUGCCGGUGAAGGAUGGCAAUGUGCUGUUUGAAGCCGGUCCUCGUACAUUACGCCCUUCCUCCAAUGGCGCACUUGCGGGUAUACUGAUGCAAGAGCUGGACCUGGCAAAGGACGCAAUAUUCGCACAGCGCACAUCUCCAGCUGCGCGGAACCGCUUCGUCUACUACCCCGACCACCUCGUGCGGAUGCCUCACCCUUCGUCUGGGCUCUUCAGCAAUUUGUACAACCUGUGGUCGGAGCCUAUAUUUGACGGCGUGCUAUGGGGAGCUGCGUCGGAGAUCUUCAAGCCUCAGCGGGACGAAAGUCUACAAGAUGAGAGCGUGGGCGACUUCUUCGCACGGCGGAUUGGCCCAAAUGUCGUCAACCGCCUUUUGAGUGGUGUUCUCCACGGCAUCUACGCCGGCGACGUGUGGAAGCUAUCUGCGAAGAGUCUGUUCCCAACCCAAUGGAGGGAUGAAGCACAGUCAGGAAGCAUUUUUGGCGGGUUCGCGAAAGCUCGAGCGGAUGGCCCUGAAGUCACGAAGCAGGAAGGGGAAUAUGUGCGGGCUAUAAAGAGUCACAAGUGGGACCCGCUACUGCGCGAUACACUGAAGGAUACGACGGCCUUUACGUUCAGAGAUGGGCUCGGAAUGCUAAGUGAUGGACUUGUUCGACAUCUCGUGGGUACUGGCAGGGUCAAUUUCCAGACAUCAUCGCCGGUCCAAGCCGUGGCAAUGUCUGAGACUGGAUCCGGUGUCACAGUAAAGACAGAGUCUGGAGAAGCAGCUUUCGCAAACGCAAUAUCAACGCUGUCACCCAAGCAUCUAAAGAACAUCCGCCAGGCGAAAGCAUCCGAACUUGUACCGGCAAUCCCUGGAGUCACGGUGAUGACCGUCAAUCUGUACUUUCGCAGUCCAAAUCUUGCGCCAGCCGGUUUUGGUUACCUCAUACCACUCGCGACUCCCUUCGAGAACAAUCCCGAGCGAGCCUUGGGAGUAGUCUUCGACACCGCCUACUCACCAUCACCCGACGACGUCAACAUGGAGAACUGGCACAUCAGUAGUCCGGACCAGCUGAAGGAAGCCCGCGACCAAGGGCGGCUGAUCAACGUCAAUGACUUUGCAUGGUACAACAUGCCCGACAGGCCAAACACCCAGGAUGAUGUCAAGGCCCGCGGCACGAAGCUGACUGUGAUGCUUGGUGGCCACUACUGGGAUAGCUGGCCAGCGUUUCCGGACGAAAAGGAAGGGUUGGCGUUGGCGAAGUCAUUACUUGAGCGCCAUCUCGGUAUCAAGGAGGAACCGGAGGCAUGGCAGGUGAAUCUGCAGUCAGACUGCAUCCCUCAGUACACUGUCGGCCACGAGCAACGGCUGAAGACUGCUCACUCGAACAUUUCGCGAGAGUACAAGGGCAGAUUACGAGUGGCGGGCAACUGGAUGUCGGGCGUGGGAGUCAACGACUGCUUGCGGUCAGCAUGGGAUGUCGUUCGGUCGAUGAAGGAGGGAAGAUAUGGCACCGGUCUGGAGCACAUUGGCACGAAUGAGUAUGUUCGGCUGAAGCCGAUCAGGCCUGGACAGAGCACUGAGCAGGAGCAAUGA